UCGGGGAAUAUACUCUCUCGAACUGGUUGGGUCUCUUUGCUGAGUUUGUUUGCUGAUUAGGAACUCAUGGUUGAAGAAACGGAAUUGACACCCGUAAUUAGUCAAAUGCUAAUCGAUUUUGAGGACACUUUUAGCCAACAAAUUGACGCUUUUAAUUGCGUAUUAACUUCGAAGCCAACAAGUUGUUAGUAGGUUAGCGACUAAGUCAAAAAAGCAAUUUAUAAGGUGUGAAAAUUCGGUUUAAAAUCAAAAUUAAAAGAUUUAGUCAUAGAAAUUGGGGGAAUCACAAGUUACUCAAAAUAUUUACUAUAUCCACACUAGUGUAUUAUAAUUACGGCUUCUAGUGUACAAGUUAAUUAAUUCGACCAAUAAACUUUUAGAAUAGUAAACUUACGGCUAUUGGUCACAAGUUAGUCACUUAAUUAACCUAUAAUUAGCACCCAUUAUUUCAGGCAUUAAGGACACUAGCGUGGCCUAUAAAAGCCAGGAAGUUGAGCACCAGGUGCAGACAGUACAAAAUGAUGGAAUCGGGAAAGUGGCCAACCAGCAGAAAGCGUCGAAAGGAUCCAAGUUCGAUUAGGACAGCCAUACUGGCAACUUUCUGGGAGUACACGGAGCGGACUAAGGUGAGCGGCAUGUGGCUUAUGCGGCGGAAUCGUACCUACGGUCUGUCUCGGUUCAUCUGGUCCUCGGUACUGCUGCAGUUACUCCUGCUGAGCAUCUACCUCACCCUGCUGCUGUGGCUGAAGUUCUACUCCUAUCCCAUCCUGAACACCAUCUCCAAUGAUCUUUCCAUUACGGACGUCGCCUUUCCGGGCGUUACCAUCUGCAGUCCGAAGGUGGUCAACUCGGAGCGGGUCGAUCGCUAUGUCAAGACGCUUAAAAUUCCCAAGGAGUACGACAUGGCAGAGGUGAUCGCCGGAUUCGAUUUCCUAAACGCCUUCACGGAUCAGAGUUUUGAGCCGCCGGGACACGAUAGCUAUCGAGCCACCGACGCCGUUCUGCGGCUGAACAACGUGUCCAUCUGGGAGGCGGCCAUGGCCGUUAGUCCGGGUUGCUUCGAUUACGUGAAACGCUGCUUCUGGGGCCACACGGAGUUUCAGUGCAACCAGAGCCACGAGUACCUAUCGUUCAUACCCACCACUGCGUACCUGGGACCCUGUUGUUCCUUCAACUAUAAUCCCAGAAACGCCAGCUUCGUGCCCUUCUCGGCUAACAUUUUUGGCAUGGACGGAGGACUGACCUUCGUGGGUGCGGAGGGCAGCGAGCGGAACUUAAACACCGGCCUGAUAGUACUGGUCCACCAUCCCAUGGACUAUGUGACUGAGGCGGCUACUUCGGUAACAAUUACUGCUCAAUCCGAAAGCUUUGUGGAGGUAUCGCCGACGGUGCAGAGCUCCUCGGUGGAGGUGCUAGAACUUUCGGAACGUAAGAGGGACUGCCUCAUCUCGGGUGACCUGCAGCUGAGCAACUAUCGCCAGGCCGCCUGUCUCCUCGCCUGCCAGACGGAGGCCAUCGUCCAGAAGUGCGGCUGCCAUCCGUAUCUGCUGCCCAUCGUGGGCAACAAGUUCAAGGAGUGCAAUCUAAACGACACCUUCUGCUAUUCUGCCAACUAUGAUAACUUCAAAAGUGUGCGAUGUGAUCAGUGCCUGCCCAAUUGCUAUGAUGUCACCUAUUCCACGCUGUCCUACAAAACCGAUCUCAACCAGCAUCAGUACUCAGUCAGCCGCUUCUACUCUCCGGAACUGCUUAACAACGACAGUUUUGUGCUCCGGGUUUAUUUGGCCAAACAAGUGGUUCCAGUUAUCCGGAAAGUGACUGUUAUGUCUUGGAUUGGCUUACUAUCGGAUUUGGGUGGCAUCUUUAACCUCUGCCUGGGACUAAGUAUGAUUUCAGUGGUUGAGUUCUUUUACUAUUGCACAUAUCGCUUGUACAUAAACUACCAACUGCAGAAGGCUCAGCAACCCAGGAAGGCGUGGCAAUAAAACAAAUAAAAAAUAAAUAAAUUUUAGUA